AUGGCCCCAACUCGCUCUCGACGAACUCUUCGCCCGCGCUGGCCGCGUAGCAUCACCAAGAAAAACGCCGCUCAGCGAGUCCAGGGACUUGACGACUUCAUGUACAAGAAGUCGCGGGACAUCGGGGGAAAGAAGCAGUGGGUGUGGCCAGCGAAAUUCCGGCCAUGGAAAAUUGGCCUGGGUACCAAGCGGGAGCCCUAUGUGGAGGACCAGGCCGGUUAUCUCUAUCCAUUUGCGACUCUUAACCGAGCGUGGUAUACAGAGAUAAUUCAACGUCAACGAACCUGGAAGAACACUAUGGGUGCGAUGGACACGCCGGCCGUGUCUCGCUCACUAGACGUGAUCUUCGCGAAGGUCCCGGCCGAAUUCCGCCAACAGUACGCUGACCAUGUCGAGCUGGCCGAGCUGGCCACCGGAGACGCCGGAGACGCCCACGUUGCUGACGCCGCGCUGAGGGAUGUUCGUUUCCCGAAGCUGCGGGUACUGAAAUUGUGCGUUCGAGGGAGCAGUCGCGACUCUGACAUUCGGACCCUUAUGGAUGGCCUUCAUAUCCCACGCAUCCAGGGCGAAUCGGUCACCGUCCUCUCCCUCAGCAGCUAUGGCGGAAGUGAGCCGGAAUGGAGAUGGCCUCUCCACGGAUUGCCCGAAGAUUGGGCAAAGUUGUUCAGACGGAUUUUGGUUCUCUUUCCGAAUCUCGAGAAAGUCGAGAUCGGACACAACGUCCUUGUCGCUGACAAGGUUGUCAAGAACUUCGCUCGUCGGUACCCAGCCCCUAAGGACCCUUGA